UAAAGACAUAUUCGUGUGAGUGAAUGUUUUUUUUUUCAGUGUUCAUUUUAGCCUCUACUCAAACUGUUGAGGUCGAGAAAGAGUCUCGGUUGGGAGACAAUUUUGAAAUAUUUAAAAUUUUAAAAGCAUGAUGUGCCAAGCUGUACGGACCAUGUUGAUUCUGGUCUGCAUUCAGCUGGGAGUAAAAGCAAACGACCCAUCUGGAAAUGACCCGAACCAGGAUACGGGUCAGGGGCACGCAGCUGGAGAAACCACAAACCAGAAGACCACUGGGGUCGAUGAUGAUGGCAUACUCUCGCAGAAAUUGACAUGGGUGUCUGUUUGUCUGAUCGUUCCCUCAGCUGUGGGGUUGAUCGUCAUGGUCGGUAGCUGCUGUCUGUUCUGCUACCGAAGACUGAACCAAACCGACUCAUUCUCCCCUACAACAGACCCCGAUCCUCACCUCAACGACGACGUUCACCAGACUAAGGACGACGGCUACAGUGGCCCCAACCCCAUGGCAUUCUGGCACGGCACCCUGGCUACACUAAGUGGCACCACUUCUCCCAACCCAAGUGGGUGUAACCCAAAUGGGUGUAAAAACCCGACUGGGUGCCCGAGCAAGGAGGAACCGGAACCCAUCCAGUACCUCGAUCUCAUGCUAGAGCCUCGCUCGUACGAGACAAUUCCAACUCACAGGGACGUGGAGAUGACGUCAUACGCACAGAUGCAGGGGGAGAUAAGACCAUCUGCCAGCCGGAGGUUCUCCUUCUUCCCGUUCAAGCACAUCUAGCACGCCCUCUAAUGGGGGUUCGAGCCAACAGCGAGGACUUCACUGGACCAACAAGGACACACUUCUCGGUGCAUGUGGAACUUGUGCCCGGUUCCACCGGCUUCUCAACGGCCCAGCCCAGCUGCCGAAAGGUGGCGCGUCUACUGCUGAACGGCACGUAUUCCAAAUCUCGUAUAAUCAAGACUGACAUUGAUUUUCCUUUAAAUGGCUCUACGAACGGCACCAGUUCGUCUUUGUGUUGUUACAACCCAAACUCCAACAGUGCAUCGUCACCCAUUACGUCAUCAUCCUACGACACGUCAUCGACUACCAACACGUCAUCGCAUUUCACUACGUCAUCAUUACCACACAACACGUCACCACACUCGUCGUCAUCUAACACGCCAUCAUGUUCCAAUGGCACCCCACCAACCAACGCAUGUCUAUCUCAACUAAGCAUUCCAGGGUUUUACCUGUGUUCCGAUCAUGAGCCGAUGACAUUCUCCGCUUUUACCACAUUCGAAACAAAAAUCCUCAAUGAUUCUGCUGCUGAUGACGACUCUUGCGAGUCCAGCUACCUUGUCUACGUCAUCUGUGGAACUUCGUGUGCAUGCAUAGUCCUCGUCAUCUUUAACGUCUUUGUCAUCGUGAUUGCGUGCCACUACCGUAGACUGAUCGUCAAAGUUCGACUCGAGGAAUCCAAACUCGACUUGAAUCUACUCCGGAUGCAGGUCGGCACCUUCCCAGUGGAAGAUGUCUACACAGCGCCCUCUGUCGUUGUUCCCGAGGACCGUUACCAAACGUUUACCGUCGUGGUGGACAAUCCUCGAGGCAGCGUGCACGCUUACAACCAGGUAUGCAGAGAGACUUCGAUGUGAGAAAAAAAUCAAGAGAUGUUCCGAAAUGAACCGGAAUACAACGAAAACAACCGAAUCAGUUUCACAAACAGAUAAAGUGAGCCACUAAUGCAAACCGUCAAUGAGUUCUAACUAAUCUAAAAAAAUAACCAAGCAUAAAAUUGGUGAUGAUAUUUCACUUGCCAAGUCACAAUGCAAACAAGUAUAUGCUUUUCUUUCUACUUAAAAUGUAAACAACACUAAAACAACGAACUUCCAGCCACUAAUAGUGUGUGACGUAACAACUGCUUACUCGGAGUAUUGAAUACAAGAAAUGAUCAGGGUAGUCGUUAUGAUUCAAAACAUCUACAUUAUGGGUCAGUGUGGACCACAAUCUGUGUCAAUAUAAACCAGAAAUGGGUCAGACUACUAAACGCAGAAUCUGAGAUAAAAUCAAAUUUGUCAUUCAGUUCUCGGGUCAAACUGACCCAGGAAUUGACCAGCCGUCGAUUUCACCAAACUCUUUCUAGGAUUAAUCUCAGGACUUCGGACGAGUCCCAGCCUCGCACUGUAACAUGCAAACCCAAAGAUUAAUCCUAAGUCAGGACUAGUUACUCGUCCUAAACCCGAGAUAGGAUUGAUCCAAGCGUUUCGUGAAAUCGGCUGCAUGCCCCCCUUGAGGUGCUGUUUGUUGUGUAAUUUAUCGUAUUUAAAUAAUGUUAGGCUCAUGGCUUCGCGUUUCUGAUUGGUGUAGUCUGACAGCAAUUUGCGCCCCCUCACCUUGAGUCAUUUCAAGGUGUUGCAUUAAAGGCACUGGACACUGUUGGUGUUACUAAAAAAUAAUUUGCACAAGCAAUGGAGAGCUGUU